GGCUGCGCAUCGCUCAUCUUCCCCGCCACCGGCUGAAGGCUGCUGGACGGCGGACUGAACCUGCGGCUGGUGCUCGGAUCUACCGGAAUGCGCAUCACAACAAUGUCAGCAAAGAUGAGCAACAGCGCUGCGAGCCCCAUGACAGCGAACAGCAGCAGCAGCAGAUCCGGCAAGGCCACCAGCUUCAUUCCUGAGCUGCAGAGCAUGAUGUUUGCUCUGGGUGACUCUCGGAGGCCACUACAUGAGACCGCUGCCCUGGUGGAGGAUAUAGUGCACACACAGCUCAUCAACCUUCUUCAUCAAGCUGCAGAAGUGGCUCUCCUGAGAGGAGCUCGGGUCAUUUCACCAGAGGAGAUCAUCUUCCUGAUGAGGAAAGACAAGAAAAAAAUAAGGCGACUCUUCAAGUACAUGCAGUUCAGAGACUACAAAUCUAAAGUCCUGAAGACCAUCGAUGACGAAGACCUGCUGGAUUCAGACAAAUACAGCAGCAGCAGCAGCAAUGCAAACAAGAGGCAGCGUCUGGCGCAGGACUUCCUGAGCUCCAUUGACCAGACGGGGGAAUAUCUGACACUGAUGGAGGACGAUGAGCUGGAUGAGGUCAAGCAGGAGCGUCUAGAGAGAAUUGAGAAGAUGACCAGAAACAUGGACUCCAGUCAGUACAGUGAAUUCUGCGAAAGCCGCCAGCUGAGUUUCUCUAAGAAGGCGUCUAAGUUUCGUGAAUGGCUGGACUGCAGCAGUCUGGAUGUGAAGCCCAAUGCAAUGUCUAUGGAGAUCCUGUCAUAUCUGGCCUAUGAGACCGUGGCACAGGUUGUUGACCUUGCUCUGUUGGUUAAACAAGAUAUGACUCCCAAAACUGGUGAUCCGUUUCAGCACGCCAUUUCUGCAACUUACAUCCAGUACUGCAGCUCCUCGGCUGAGGCUUCGAGCAGCAAAAAGGAUUUGGAUUCUCCAGAUAACACCCCUCCAUCCACUCCGUCUGGCGCGGGACACCAAGGGAAGAUGCACUCGCUGGCGCAGGGCAAUGGUGGACCCAAUCAAGAUGCCAGCAGUAAAGCCAAACAGAGGAAGAGGAAGAAGAGCGCAGCAGCGUGUGUAUCAGAGACUCAGAGCAGUGCCAUCCAGCCAGCCCACAUCAGAGAGGCCAUCAGGCGCUACAGCCACAGGAUCGGGCCGCUCUCCCCCUUCUCAAGCGUCUACCGCAGGAACGGCAUGACUUUCCUGGCCUGCUGAGGUCAAUGAGAGAGCUGGACUCAACACUGCAGGACGACUGCGCUCAGUGUGUUUGUGUGUCAGUCUGUGUUUACAGCUCACAUCAACCUGAAUCACACACUUUUUUUUUCAUUUUGUGUUCAUUCUAGAUUGAUGUAAUACUCUAGUAGGAGUUUCCUCUUUUGUAAACCGCUUUAAUUUCCUACUUUUAGUCAGUUUUGAUAUGUUUUGCAUUAGAAUUGUGUCUUUUGUUGAUGAUGUGUAGAAGUAGUUCCUGCUGUUGUGUAAUGGAAACCAUCUUGAUUUUGGUAACACUUUACAAAUGUAAUUUUGUAUUGAGUUUGUUCAAUUUCGUUCACAUUUUUAUAUGGAAAAUCUUUAAAUAAAAAUAUGCUCUGUUCAAACUUA